AUGUCUGCCCCUAAAGUCAUUACUCUGGACAACUUGUCCACGCAGCUGCAACCGUGGCGACCAGACGACGACAGUCACCUCUACGCAAUCGUUGACAUGGGGAGCAAUGGCAUUCGCUUCUCCAUCACCUCCUUGGCCCCGCCAACAACACGCCUUCUCCUUCCAAUCUACUCCGCUCGCGCCGCCAUUUCUCUGUUCGACGCUUUAACUCUAUCGCCCUCUGGGCUGGUCUUCCCUUCCGAGACCAUGGACGCUGUCGGGUCCGCCCUUUCUCGUUUUCAUCAGAUCGCUCUCCUUCAUGGCGUCCCCCGUUCCCAGAUCCUGAUUUUAGCCACAGAGGCAAUGCGCCGCGCCGCCAACGCCACGCAGAUGCUCGACUCCAUUGCCAAGGCGACUGGUGGCUUAAGUGUCCAGAUCCUCGACCCAUCUGUCGAGACGCUGUUCGGCGCCGUCAUGGGUUCGAGGAGUGGGCUGGUCGCUGUCAAGGGCGGAGCUCUGUUCCUCGACCUAGGCGGUGGCAGCGUACAAAUGACUUGGGUUGAUACAAGCCAAGCCCACUACGAAUUCCAAGCCGCUCUUGCUGGCGAGAGCCUGCCAUAUGGCGCAGCGAAAUUGACGCGUGUGCUCGAAGAGCAGCCCCCUGAGAUCCACCAAGCCGAAAUCGGUACUUUGGAAGAGGGCAUUGACCGCAUAUAUGCAAACCUGUGCUCCAGGUUUCCUGCCCUGCAAGCGAUCAAAUCCACACACGACAGAGGCGAGGGCGCUACCGUUGAUGUGUAUAUGUGUGGAGGAGGCUUCCGAGGCUACGGAAGCAUGCUCAUGCACAACGACUCAAUUUCACCUUACCCGAUCAGCUCGAUCAACUCCUAUUCGGUGCCCGGGCGCGUCUUCCGGCAGACCUCUGAAAUGAGGCGGUUGAACCGAGAGUACGACGGCAAGAUAUUCGGCAUGUCAAAGAGGCGGCGCCGCCAGUUCCCUGCCAUCGCUACCGUCAUCGAAGCAUUCAUCGCAGCUGUUCCUAACAUUGGCAGGGUGACGUUUUGCGGAGGCUCGAACAGACAGGGAAUCCUCAUGAUGAAGCUACCACUGGAAAUCAGGGAAAGCAACCCUCUCGAUGUUUUGGCGCAAGUCUCCCAGAAAGAGAGGCUCGUGUUCGAUGCCGUCCUGCGCUUGCUCCAGGCGGCUCUGCCUGAUAACGUGCAACCUAACACGCCCACCCCGAUCUGUCUAGGCCUGGGAUCGCUGUUGAUAAGGCGCAUCUGGGAUCGUUGCGGCUAUGAUAGCACCACGAAUGCUUCGUUUGCUUUGCACGAUGCAGUCACGCGCAAUCCUGAUUGCCCCGGCCUCACACACCUCACGCGAGCCGUCCUUGGAUUGGCUGUUUGCGCUCGAUGGGGCACAAGUAUUGGCCCUUCAGAUGAGCAUCUCUUCCAGGGCCUCCGCCGAAUCGCCGACGGCCAUGACAAGGAUGCCUCGUUCUGGGCAAUGUACUCGGGGGCCAUCUGCGGCAUUCUUCCCACCAUCUUUCCCAUCAUGCCCGAGCCAGACGAACUCCUGAGCGCAAUCACGUUGCAUGCGGCCAUUGAACCUGGCAAAAGCGACAAAAGAGACAAGGUCAUUCUGAGCAUUGGCCUUGCAUCCAAAUAUCAAGGGAACGUCAACCCAGAGGCACUCGCUGACGAAUUCCAAUCUGCUUUGAGCAACAAGGGAGACAAAGCACAAUUCAAGACCUCUGUUAGGGUCACAUCGCUCUCAUGA